UGCCGUGGUCAGACGCUGUUGUGUUGGAGAGGCGGUGUGAUCAACCCGUCCUUUCAGUGCUUGGUUCCGCCUGGGGUGAAGUGUGGAUCUUUUAAGCUAACCUCCAGACGAACACAACGACUACCAGCGUGGCCGAACAAGAUUAAGCUUUGCGUCGUUUAUCACCUUUAAAUGCUGCAGGUGAGCGGGAACCAUGCGUUGCCUGGCUGCUCGUGUCAACUAUAAAACCCUCAUUGUCAUCUGCGCCCUUUUCACACUCAUCACGGUGUUGCUGUGGAAUCGCUGCUCCACCAACACCUCCCUACGCUUCGUACCUCGAGCUGCUUUGGUGGCACCCAGUCCUAACGCCGGGGAUGCUAGCAGUCAACAACACCCUCCGCAACCUCCAGAACCUCCACCGAUUGUGAGCGGAAGCAAGUAUGAGGAAAUCGACUGUCUGAUCAAUGAUGAGUCCACAGUCAAAGGCCGCCGUGAGGGUGGAGAGAUCUACAUGCCCUUCAGCUGGAUGGAAAAAUACUUUGAGGUGUAUGGCAAAGUGGUGCAGUACGACGGCUACGACCGCUUUGAGUUCCAGCACAGUUACUCAAAGGUGUACGCCCAACGGGAGCCCUAUCACCCCAACGGAGUCUUUAUGUCAUUUGAGGGAUACAAUGUGGAGGUCCGGGAUCGAGUGAAGUGCAUAAGUGGAGUGGAAGGUGUUCCUCUAUCCACGCAAUGGGGUCCUCAGGGCUACUUCUACGCCAUCCAAAUUGCCCAGUACGGCUUGAGCCAUUACAGCAAAAACCUGACGGAGCGUCCUCCUCACGUAGUUGUCUAUGAUACAGCAGAGGAGAGAGAUAGCCGGACCGGCUCUGCAAUGUGGACUGUGCCAAAGGGUGGCAGUCUCAGCCGUGUGUACGACAAGAGCCGCACUUCCUCAGUGCGCCAGUUCAGUGCUCCAGAGUCGUCUGAGGGCGUAUCACUCUCGCUAGACAACACCAAAGACUUCAUACUCAGCUUGGACAUCAAGUUCACCUCCAACGGCAGCUUGACUGUCAUCCUUGACACGACAGAGAAAGGCUCGCCGUUCGCUAUCCACUAUGUUACCAAUACGCAGCUCAUCGCCUUCAAAGAUCGUGAAAUCACCUACGGCAUCGGGCCGCGAACCAUAUGGAGCACCCUGACACGCGACCUGCUCACAGACCUCAGGAAAGGUGUUGGUUUGUCCAACACCAAGGCUGUGAAAUCCACUAAGAUCAUGCCCAGGCGAGUUGUGCGAUUACUCCUCCAUGGGCGAGGCUUUGUUGACAACAUCACCAUCUCCACCACAGCCCACAUGGCUGCCUUCUUUGCGGCCAGCGACUGGCUGCGGCGCAACCAGGACGAACGGGGCGGGUGGCCCAUCAUGGUCACACGAAAGUUGGGAGAGGGCUUCCGGCCACUCGACCCCGGCUGGUACUCGGCCAUGGCCCAAGGCCAGGCCAUGUCCACCCUGGUGAGAGCCUACCUCCUCACCAAGGACCAGGCUUACCUCAACGCUGCACUGAAGGCGGUGGGACCUUACAAGGUUCCUUCAGCGCAGCACGGGGUCAAAGCUGUAUUUAUGAACAAAUACGACUGGUAUGAGGAGUAUCCCACCUCGCCCAGUUCCUUUGUCCUCAACGGAUUCAUCUAUUCCCUGCUGGGACUCUAUGACUUGGGCGAGACAGCCGGCGAGAAGCUCGGCAGGGAGGCGGGGCAGCUGUUUAGCCGUGGUAUGGAGUCGCUGAAGGCCAUGCUGCCGCUCUUUGACACCGGCUCAGGGAGCAUCUAUGACCUGCGCCACUUCAUGUUGGGCACGGCGCCCAACUUGGCCCGCUGGGACUAUCACACCACGCACAUUAACCAGCUCCAGCUGCUGGCAUCCAUAGACAACACCCCCAUCUUCAGGGAUGUGGUGAGGCGCUGGAAAAGCUACUUGAAAGGGAGUCGUGCUAAGCACAACUAGACCGACUGGACAGGAGCGCGAAGACGCUUUGCUUGGCUGACUGGAUGCUCGCCUGAAUGUGAACAGGAAGCUUAUAUUGUGUGUCGGUGCAGACUGAGGUGUGUAAUCCUAAGUAGCUUACUAGAACUCUAGACUUUGUGUGCACCGUUGCAGGUUUUUUCUUCUCUGCAGCACUGAUUGUAGCACACGUUUGCUUCUUCAGAUUGUCUUUGGAAUUAUGCACAGGCCUAGUUUCAACAUGCAACUUUUCUGUGUCUCCAGGAAUGACCCCUGUCUGGGAUGCAUUCACCACUCUGAAAUUUACCAUUUCAUCCCAGAUUUACAACAAAACUGUAAAUAUUACGCUGAAUGCAUUACAAUCUUACACUAUAACUUUUUCCCAAUGAUAUGUUUGCACCUUAGUUAGCUGUAUGCUAACACGAACAGACAAGCUACAAAGUGUAGCCUUAGUAAAGCAGAUGGCUGCCUCUCUGAAGAUGACUAAUAUCAGGGUUUCUACGCAAGCAUGAAAAGUAUUGAAUUUGAUUUUACACAUUUCCAGGUCUGGACAAAUGCUCACGUUUCCAAGACUGUUACCACUCUUCAGUUUUUGAAAAGAUCAAAUUAUGACUAACUUAAAAACAGUCUGAGUCCAUUGGAUUCUCGCCUUGAAAAGGGUGGAGUGCCAUCUCCAGGUCGGUGAGUAGAUCCUGCCCCAAGUGGAGGAGUUUAAGUACAUCAGGGUCUUGUUCACGAGUGAGGGAAGGAUGGAACGCGAGAUGGACGAGGGAGGGAGCGGGAUGAAGAGGGAGCUGAGCCGAAAGGCAAAGCGCUCAAUGUACCGGUGGCUCUACGUUCCUACCCUCACCUAUGGUCAUGAGCUUUGGGUAGUGACCGAAAGGACAAGAUGGCGGGUAGACGUGGCCGAAAUGAGUUUCCUCCAUAGGGUGGCUGGGCUCUCCCUUUAGAGAUAAGGUGAGAAGCACUGUCCAUCUGGGAGAAACUGAGUAGAACUGCUACUUCUCCCCGAGGAGGUGUUCAGGGCACGUCUGACCGAUAGGAGGCCUCGGGGAAGACCCAGGACACGUUGGAGAGACUACGUCUCUCAACUGGCCUGGGAACGCCUCAGGAUCUGCCGGGGGGAGCUGGACAAAGUAGCCGGGCUGAGGGAAGUCUGGGCUUCCCUGGUUAGGCUGCGACCUGAGAUAAGUGGAAGAAGAUGGAAACAGCUCUUAUCCUCCUCCAAGCCUUUGUAUGAGCUACACGACCUAGCUAUAAUCUCCAGGAAAUGACAUGCUGACAUAAUGGCAUACAUAUUCAUACAUACAUAUUCUUAGUCCAUUCAUCUGAAGCUCCUUGGUUUGAUUGAUCAAGUAAUUGGGUUAGGCCCUAGAAGGACCAAAUCAAUAUGAAGCAAACACAAACAGUUAGUGGUUUGGUCUGCAACAUGUCAGAAAAGAGGCAAAAAUGCCCAUUGCUGUUUUCCAAAGUCAAAACUGAUGUUUUUCUUAUCUUUAUAUUUUGGCCGAAACAUAAAAGAUAAUAGCUCUGCGAUAUUCACAAUCACAAAAUAUUCCCAUUUGAGAGGCUGAAAUCAGAGGAUAUUUACGUUUUUGAAUCAAACAAUCAAAUACCAAAAUAGUUGUCAGUUAAUUGGAUAAUCGAUGAGUCAUUGAUUAUUGGUUGCAGCUCUAAUGACACGCAUCUACAGUAUUUACUGAGUCUGGAAAAAGUAUGGAAGUUAUAAAAGUGAUAGAAUGAUGUCAUGCAAAGGAGGGUGCACCGCCAACAUGAUCCAUGUUCACACAUUCUUGAUUUCAGUUGCUGAGGCCGUUGAAAUCAAAGCUGGCUUAUAGACGACCUUUGCGUUUUUCAGUCUUUCAGUGCAUCUUGGCCUGUUGGUGUGUGGCCGCCACUCAAGUUGCAUUUGCAUUACAGAUGCACGAUAUCUUUUUGUUUUUUCAAACUGAUAACUUUCUGCUUCUCAAGACCGAUAUGAUACCGAUAAACGUGAAGUAUUUUUUUAUAUCUUACUUUUAAAAAAAAUUUGAUUUAUCUGUAGUUUGUGCACAACUGGAGGUAAGAAGGACUUUUAACAAAGAACCUGCUGAUUUGUCGUAAUCAAAUAUCAUGACUACUGCCACAUCACUACUAUCAGCAGAACCGGGGUUUAGAGCGGAGGGAGCCACUUGCUGUGGCCCAGCAAGGUGCACUGUAUUCGGGCACACGCUCCGAGCAGCCGGUGUGACGCCACGGAGGUCUUUGGCAAAUCUUUUGCACAAAUGCUGCAACGCUGACGUUUCAGGUGACUGAUAAGGUUUUUUGUCGUUCAGCCAGUGUAGCGCAGACAUACAUAGUAUCCUUCCACCGUGUGCUGUAAGGAAUCCUUGAGUGAGCUUCGUGUUUACCGAGUAGAAUUAACUUUUUUCAUUCAUUCAUGGGAGUGGGUUUUAAUCACGGAAUGUUGUAAAUAUAUCCAAGAAAAGAAAACAGUGGACAAAUACGUCAAGCAAACACUUUGGUCGAGGUCAUCUAGGUUAUUUUAAGAUAUGUAAGGAAUUACUUAUAUUGUUUACUUUUAAAUACAUAAACCUCUGUUUGUAGUUUUUUUUUAAUGAAUGCUAGUACGGUUGUUUCUCCACACCUGCUAUACUUCAUACUUUAUUAUUAUUAUUAUCAUAUCACUGUAGCUACAUGUGCACCUGUGCAUUCAGGAAGUUUUAUUUAAACCAAAGUCACUCAUGAAAUGUAUAUUUUUGUGCGGAUUCAGCAGUUUAUGAGCUUCAAUCACCUUGGAGACGAGACACCAUGUGACUUUGCCUUUUCAAGGAAAAGUGUGCCCUUUUUGGGGAGAAUUUUGCCUGUCAUCCACAAUCCUUAUGUGAGGCAUGAACACAGAAGUCUUUCUUUUCUGUGCGUUCUAGAAAGAGAAAAGGGGCAUGAGGGAGCUAACUUUGCACAUAAUGGGAUACACCUGUUUCGUCUAUAAGGCCCUCUAAAAAAAAAAAAACGACAAGGUUUUAUGGUUUUCUAUCCAUGCUGUGAGCAUGUAGUAACAGCUGCAUUCAUAAUAACAUGUAAUACUACAGUAUUUUGGUCAUUUUAAGCAUUCGCGGAACUUCUUCCCGGGGCGCAUUGAUUGCACAGAACAACAUAGAAGGCGUUAACUUUUCCAAACUCAAAAACCUUACCUUUCGCUAGUGGCCUGAGGCCUUGCGAGCGAGUGUGUGGUGAAGUCGCUAGCCGGCUGGUUGCUAUCCGGCUAGUAGCUAGCCGGUGUGGUGUGGCGAGGUGUCACUACGCCAGUAGCGUAGUUCUUGGGCGUAACAAUGCUAAUCAUAAUAACAAUGUUGCAGUAGCUUGGUUAAUAUGCAGGUCAUAUUUUGUAAAUGGAGCGUUGCUGACGUUUUUUUCAGAAAGCUUUAUAGGCGCAAUAGGUGCGUCCCAUUACGUGCAUUCUUAGCUGUCUCUUUUUGGCUUUCGAAUGCACAGAAAAGAGAAAGACGUGUGUUCGUGUCUCACACAAGGAUUGUGGAUGAUGGGUAAAAUUCCAAAAAAAAAAGCUGCACUUUUCCUUUAGCCAGUAAUGAUAGUGUAGAUUUUAGUGGAGGAAAAAAAAGAUAGGUCAAACUUCUAAAGAGGGAUGUGUGCAAGCAGAGAUUAGCAUUUACUGGUGCGGCUACAAUAUUUAACAGAAAUGUGUGUUCUAGUUUCAUUGAUUUUAUUUCUAGUUUCAUUGGGAAGUGUGCCUGCGUGUGUGUGUUUGUAGCAUCCAGUUUGCAGAAGAAGUGAAUGUUUCUGCUAUUUAGACAAAAGCACAAGUUCCAUUGACGAUAGGAUGAGGUUUUAGUUGGUUGUCUUCAUGUUGUUUGAAUGCUGUGUUCUGCUCUUAAUUCACUCAGAAUGACUGCUUUGCUUUGACAACUUUGCUUUUUCUCAUUUUAGUGCUCGUCUUCUGUCUUUUCUCUCUGCUGGCAUCGCAGCCACGUGCUCCAAAGUCAUUUAUGCAAUAAAAGGUUGACUUUGGUGGUGUGUGCCACAGGAGAGAGAGGCGUAGUGGUUGUACAAGUUUCCAGUGGAAGCACAAUGUGCAAAUGCUACCUUUUUUUUAAGUGUAAGAAAUACAAGUGUUUGUACACAUAAAGUACAUUUUUAAACACGUAAAAAGAAAUAAAAGCAUUUUCCUACGCUUCUCGUGUCUUAAAUAUUUACAAGCAUUUUUUCUUUGACGUGAUCCAGUUUCUCUAUGAAUGAAAAGAAGUUGAGAAUUUUCCUAUUUGCCCGCUUUUUGGACCAUGAACAUUCCCAAAACCUUGGCUGAAGCAGAGCGUCCGUGCACCUGAGAGUAAACGUCUGCUUGCGUUUUUUAUUG